UGCAAAAUGGCGGAAAAGGUGAAGAAGAAAAGUUCGUUUUUCACUUUAAAGCGGUGGAACAGUCAGAAGUCUGUGGACGAGAGCUUGUCGGUGACAUCUUCAGCGUCAAGCAACCAGGUCUACAAGGGCCAAGCCAGCCCAAUGCGGAGCAACUCAAUUGAUAAUAAAACAGCAAAACUUUCCGCCGCUGGUCUAAAUGAUUUAAUACAAUGCGCUCUGUGUAUGGAAAUAUUGAACAACCCGAAGAUGUUGCCGUGUCAGCACACCUUCUGUCAGUCAUGUCUAAAAGUAUAUGUGGCAGAUCUUCCAAUAAUCAACUGCGCGAUAUGCAACACCAGAAUACCGACUCACAACUCCAGCUUUGUCGAUAACCUACCAUCGAACCUGUAUAUCGACACAUUGCUGAGCAUGGUGGGCAUCAAGCCUGAUAAGCAGACAUCUACCACUCCGCCCUCGACUCCUGCAACACCAGGUCUUCAGAGUGUAGAUCUGUUUGCAGCUGGUGUAAGAUGCAUGCAGUGUAAAUCUAUGUGCGACAGUUCUGACGUGUCUUACUGCGAGCAUUGUAAACUGAAUUUCUGUCGCGUAUGCUGGUCACAGCAUAUAGAAGAUCUACGAAUCCAAGUGGGAUCUAUAUUGAAGCAACUUGACGUCGCGGCGAGUCGAUUGGAUCAUAAAAUAGAACAUUAUAAGGACCGAUGCGAGCGUAUCGUCGAACAAAUAAGUUUAGCUGCCGAUGAAAAAAUCAAUACAAUACUAGAAGGGAAGGCCACACUUUUGAAAGAAAUAUCUGAACUGCAGAAAUGUGAAGACAUGACGGCUCUAGCGCUACAGUCGACGUUGAACGAAGCGAGGGAGGUCGCUAAUGUAGCUUUGAAAGAUGAACAUAACUUUAAACACGAUUCUGAAAAGGUAUCAGUAUUUAUAAACUUACACCAAAACACGUUACAACUUCUGACGGACAUUUCAAAAUGGGACGCAGACAGUUUCGUGUUCGACAAAGAGAACUUCCGGAUAGACACCGACAUGACGACGGCCUGUGACGCCGAGUCCGACGACCCAGUGCCGGAAGCGACGAGGCAACACGACCCCUUGGAGAGUGAAAACAGUCUCAUACAACAUUAUAGAUCCCGAAACUUCGUUCCGCACUAUAUGUGGCGGAAGACAUCCAGGCCUUGCGGUGUUGGUAUUGGUCCGUGGAACAACCAUUUGUAUAUCUGUGACACGGACAGUCACAGUGUGAUCGUGGUGGAACGAACCCAAGCAAAGAUCGUCAAGAGAUUGUCGUGUCAAGAGAUGUUGUGUCCUGUUCAAAUUGCAUUUAUGAAGAGCUUGGGCGAAAUAUAUAUUACUGACAAAUGGAAGCACUGCAUUCACGUGUUCUCGAAGGAGGGCGAGUACCUCACAUCAAUAGGACAAAAGGGCAGUCGGGUCGGGAUGUUCAGGUCUCCAGAGGGCAUCGCCACGGACAACGUGCUUCAUCACAUCUAUGUUGUGGAUACUGGCAACGACCGUGUACAGAUAAUCCAACCAGACGGAAAAUUUGUGGACCAGCUAGGCGUUUCGACGAAACAUCAGCCAAACAACACAUCCAGUAUUUGGGAAACGAAAGAAGUACUUUGCACAGAGUUGAACGCACCUUCCAGCGUGGCAGUGACCAGUGACCGAGUAGUAAUCCUGGAUAGCGGAAACCGACGUGUCAAAGUAUACAAUAAACAAGACAGGAGCAAAAUUAUGGAAUUUGGUUCAACUGGACAUAGGAAAGGGCAAUUUAAUAAGCCAGAAGUGCUAGCCGUAGAUCCUAUGGGCUGUAUAUUUGUUGGCGAUUCGGGAAACUGCAGAGUGCAGAUAUUUAAGCCGAAUGGCCAAUUGGUUCGCGUAUUUGGCAGGAUUGGCCAUGAGCCAGGGAAAUUCGGGUGGAUAUCAGGCAUACAUGUCACUAAGCAACUUGAUGUUAUCAUUAGCGAUACGAAGAAUCAUUGUGUGAACUUCUUCUAGAGUAUUUUAAUAAAAAAAUAUAUUUUUUUGACAAUAAGGGAGUAUCUACCUCACUUGAAGCUAAUACAGACGAAAACUAAAUCGUUUUACAUACCAAAAAGUUCCUACUAGGGUCUUGGCAAACUCUUCCAAAUACUCUGUAAUCUAAAAAUGUUGGAUGUUCAAAAAAUAAGUAAGUCAUCGUCGAUGUUAUUUGUGUUGAGGCCCUCGACUUCGUUUCCUGCAUUUAAACUACGCCCUUGUUAGGAAUCUCUAAAUUUCUCCCCUUGUUGAACGAGGUCUUCUUAUUACCUAAUUACAUCACUGGCCUGAUAUAGGACUGUACUGUUUUGCUAACUGCGUUUUGGAAAACUUUGUGAAAAAGUGUUCUUAGUGUACGGUCUUAGAUAAUUUAUACGUCUAGAUAGAGACUUGCUGCUAGACAACCGAUGAAAACAGGCCAGAUUUAUUACUUUAGUGUGCAUGACAAGCUACGUCUUACACUCGCGAUUUGUAUGUCACUUUGUGUUAGCUUGUAUGAGUUCGCAUUGCUCAAAAUAGAGGUUAACUGUCAAUCUCAUAUUUUUCGAGGUUUUCACAACUGGCGCAGUCUAUGUAGACGUAUAAAUGAUGUAGAUGUGCGGUCUUUGGUUAAUGUAAUAAUAAAACACACUUUCAUUUUAACAAAAUUGUAUUUGUCAUCUAAGCUGCUAAGAUUUAAAAUAAAUAAACAUACGUCUAAAUAUGAGAUAUUUUACUCUAAAACUUACACAAAUAUUAUCACAAGUUAAAGAUUCAUUGAAUCACUGAGUUAACUUAAACUCAAUAGGCACCGGUAACGAUCUUGAGAGGUGAGCGAAACUUUUACGCAGAUGUGCAGUCGCCUAUAUUGUAGAUCGUAUGCGGGAUGCUACCUGCUAAUGUCCUCCCCUCCCCCUCCCUCACAGCCCUGCGCCAAUGAGACCCAGUUUUAGAUAUCUGCGUAUUUAAAGACACCGUUCAAGAUACGUUUCGAUGCCUAUUCGUUUAAUUACAUUAUAUCAAUAUUCCACAGAUCACUAAUACGAUUUCAUGUUAUGUAGUAAAAUAAAAAAUCGCGAUAUAAUCCGCGGUGCGCCACGGCCAGAAGUGCUCCGUGACUCACUUAUCGACAUAGGCGCAAUAUGCGUGUUCUUUCGCGUGCACAUCAAUGAAGUAUUUAUGUUAGUAUAAGCCGCGCCAAAAAAAACUUUUAAUGGUCUUGUUAUAAGUAUAUAAAUAUAAAUAAUAUAUGACGGAUUAAACUGUUAACCUUA